UGUCUGCGACUCGGUGUUGACUGGAAGGAACUGCAGGCCAGCCUGUUGCGCACUUGGCGGCACACACAGACAGAGCGCACCACAGCUGCGUGGAUGAACGGAGCCACUAAAGGACUUCUCUUAUAGGUGAUUUUACUUGGAUGCCUAUCGGGUCUGCUUUUCUCUUGGUUUAACAAGGGCUUAUUACAACGUGCAACCUCUUAGUGGAUACAGCCUUUACGCAUCCCGGGAGCCGGGGCAGACGGGACUCUCGAGACUGUCAACAGCAGGGAGCAACAGAAGAACAAGGGCCAUAAAAACCAGGAUCUGUGUCUGCUGGCAUGUUCUGGAGAUGCUCAACGAUGAAAUGAAGACCUGAGGCUCCACAUCCCAUGUGUGUCCCACUGAACAGACACACUAAAGAGUUGCAAACGACAGAGUUGUGUAGGUUGUCGAUCCUGUGCGUGUGCAUUAACAUUAAAGCACUGUGGAGCCGAGGACUUAAUUGCAAGACUAUGGUCCAACUGUCCAACUCAGUCUACCUGCUGGGAGGCCUUUUUGGCCUGUUUCUGCUAUCACCUGUUCUGAUGGCCCCAACACCAGCCAGCAUGUGCACGCCCUUGAAGACGCUCAAUGACAGCCUUAGCCACAGGCGACGGUACAUGAAGCACAACUUCCCCAUCAACUACACCAUCAGGGUUCAUCGUGAGGAAGUCUUUAAAGUUUCAAGCAUCAACAGAAUGAGGUUACAGAAGGACGGGCUGGAUGAGCUGAUUCUCCAGAGGUUGUGGUUCCAGGUCAACCAAGGCGUGUUAAAAAAGAUCAUCAGGGUUAUGCCAGAGAGACAUCCUUCACGUCCAUACACCGCUGAGUUGGAAAGUCGCUUCAGGGAUGCGGAGGGCGUCUUUGUACAAUCACAUCCAGCUGAGGUGUUCCAGCAGGAGCUUCCAGAGUCUGUCCAGGAUACUUGGGAUAAUUUAACAGAAGAGCCCGACAGAGUGCCAGAGUCCAGCUGGCGAUAUGUUUCCCCGAAAUCCCUCCUGGACAACUUCUGCCAAACCAUGCACUGUCUCUUCAGCGAGUGCUUUGCUGGCACAGAAGCACCGCAGGACUACUGCGAUGUUUCCUAUUGGAGGAAAGGCAGGAAGAAAGACUUACAUCCUGAAAGCUGAGAAGAGGCCAGCGGGGGGAAGUCGUCCCUAUUGGCACUGAUAGGGGAUUGGUAUCAUUGUCUCCCUUGUACGAUAGGGAGAGGGAUAAAAGGACAAUCCACACGGAAACAAGAAAGUUCAGUCCUGAUUUGUGAACAUCAAUAAGUCUUUCCCAAAUCUACCAAACAGAGCUAAGAUUGUCUUGGAGACACAAACACUGGCAACAUCAGCCAAAGCAAACUGAUAUUGCAGGUAUGGCGACAGUAUUCAUUGUGAUUUUCAUGAGCAUAGGACUUUUUGCUAAAAUGAAAUAACAGUCAUUUGGGAGUAAAAACUCCAAGUCAGAUUUUCCAAUUCUCUGUCACUCAGGAAGUGUAGAGCACUUGUCUUGUGAUGGCAGCUCAGGUUGAUGCUUUGAUACUUGGGUUUCAAGGUUUGGAAGAGAUUUGUUCAUGUUCACAUAUAUGGGCUUAACUGAUCAUCAAAUUGAUGUCACCGUGACUUUGCCUAACCUGUGCCCAAAAAGCCUGUGUUGCGCUCCAGUGGACCUGCAUGGUUCACCUCAGAGACCAACAAGAAGCAGCAAGAGACUACACAUCGGAGUGUUAUUAUAUUGAGAAACUCCAGCAGACUUUGUAUCAUAGCCAGACUUGUCCUCUACGAAUGCCUCUUUCGAACUUCAACGAGAUACAGCAAGAGCAAUGUACAUGAACUGAACUUCAAACCUACAGGCAAACUGCUAACUACUGUUUUUUUCCCUCUUCAGUUGUUGACUAUGCAUUUCCAACACAUUCAAUUUGUCAAAAAAAACCAAACAAACAAAAAAAAACCCAGCUUGGUCUGUGGCGCUAUGCUUAAAAAUAUGAUGCUCUAGGUACCCCUCUAGCAUCAGCUUUGGGCAUUCAGGGACAAGGUGUCAGUGUCUGCCAGUGUCCUUUCAAAUUAAACUUACAUGUUUCCAGGACCUGUCACUAAAACUACUUUAGGUUUAGGCAACAAAACUGCUUGACAAGGUUUAGAAAAAAGAUCAUGUUUUCACUUAGUGACGUAUGUCAUGUGACGUUAACUAUGUAACGUAGUUAAAGAUUCAAAGUUGACUUUUGGUUUCAUAUGGGACAUGAACAGUGGUCUCCUGGGUGAAAGUCCUGUUUAUUGGACCCGUCCAGCACCCCUCCUUCCCUUUCUUGCUUUUUAUACUAUGCCUUUGGGGAUGGGCUUACAUUCGAUGUAGUUGAAAGCCUGUGGUAUCUCUUACAGACGCUCAAGGGUGCCUUUUGUGUCAGAAUCAGACAGCAACUGCCGCUGACCAAGCUGCCAUACUUAAUACCCUGGUAGGGCUGGGCGAUAUGGAGAAAAUCAAAUAUCAUGAUAUUUUUGACCAAAUACUUUGAUAUUAAUAUUGCAAAGAUAUUGUAGGAUGGUUGCUUUCACAAAAUAUUUACACAAUAAUAUUUUUGAUAAAAUAAUUGUCAAAGGCCAAAAUAGAACAGCUAGAGCAGUCUGUUAAUUCCAGAAUAUUAUAUCAUUUUACUGUAAUGCAGCCUUUAAACCACCAAUACCUAAGACAAUAUCUAGUCUCAUGUCACAAUAUUAAUAUAAUAUCAAUAUAUUGCCCAGUCCUGCACCUUGGGAAUGAGAAUGGGCUAGCACUUCUUACCUGCAGCUUACAUUUAAAGUGUUAUUUUUAGAUCUGCACUAUCAGCCCACAUUAUUCAAAAGCUGUCAAAACAAGUUUGUUCAUUUUUUCUCAAUUUCAUGUAUUUCUUUUUAUAUAUUUAUCAUGCAUAAAGAGAGACAGUGAAAUCCCAACAAACAACAACAUACAAUCAUCUCUCUCCAUCCAAGGUAUGCAUUUUUAUACUUACUGUAGAUCUGUUAUGUAAUUGUUGUUUUUUGUUUUUGUUUUUGUUUUUGUUUUUUUGCAAAGGCAACUAUUGAAUAUUUUGAUAACCCAAUUAAAUGUGUAAAGCUUAAAGAGUGACCAUCAGCAUUUCAAGUAUGAAGUAACAUCAUAGUCUGAUUUGUUUAUAUUUUAUAAUCAGGUCCCAAAGCUAUAUUAUCUAAAUAUAUUAUCUGAAAAAUAGUUACAUGGAAUACAACUUAAUGAGAAUGUGCAAGUUGAUAGGAUACAUUUCAUUAGAGCAAACAAAAUUGGCAUCCCAGGCUGGUUUGGGUGUAUUUAGUUUCAGAAUUUUAGCUCUGUACAUGCUGUAAUAAAAGCUGUAAAAUUCUAACCUAAAACUUGCAGACAUUACAAGUAUGUAAUAGCUAUUGUCAACAUUGGAAUCUUAAACACUUUUCAAAUUUUAGUUUUACUUAACGACAAAUUCUGACUAAGAUUUUGCUUAAAAGCAAAGCAGUAUCUCCUGUCAGUGUUUUCUGUCUGAGAUUGCCUCUCAGGUUGUGUCAGCUUUACAUUAUAUUUCUUUUCACUUAUGCGAUUCAGCUCAAGGCUAUCUUGUCGCUGUUAAAUUAAAUGCAUUAAAUGUCCAGUUUUGAGAAAUUAAGAUAUAUAAUUCAUCCAUAAAUAUCAUAGAGGUCAAACUUUAGUUUGAUAAGGUACUUAGGAGGCUCAACAUAUAAAGGACAAUGCACAUCUAUGAAAAAAACUUAAAAAUGAAGACAUGAGUAGGCCUAAUGCUUUGGGCAUAUUUAGCACACUGAGGGCCUUAGGGUUGCUUUUUCAUGACUGAGGCAUAGACAGGGGCUCACGAUCAUUUGCUCACCACUUCAUGCAGUCACCAUUUUCCUACAGAGCUUGAUCAGACCUGGUAUUACCAUGCAUCUUGAGUGGUCCAAAAAUUGGACAACUGUAAGUCUUUAAUGACAGAGUCAAGCUGUGUCACUGUCGGUGGGAGUUUGCUGGGAGCAAUUACCAGCUGCUGCUGCUGCUGCUGAUGCUGCUGUGUAGCUCAUGCUAACUGGGCAGACAUUGAACUGACCGUUUGCUGGGAGUAGGAUGGCUCCAGAGAUAGUCCCUCUGCUCUGUGUUUGUGUAAAAGAACCAUCAAUUCUUUUCUUAUCCAGUGGAGUGUCAUAUACGCACGUACAUCAGUUGAAUAGCUGGUCCUAUAGUGUGGCCCAGGACACAUUGGCGUAUAAGCUGAAAAAAAUGUAGAACGUAGAACUUAGUCUGCAGUUACAGAAAGUAGGGAGUUGGAUAAGCAAGUAUGUCAGCUGAAUAAGCAGUCCAUUGAUGUGUCUCAUGACACAAGAGCAGUCACACACUGCUUAAAGAAUGUGACCAUAUGAGGUUCGGACCACUUCUGAAUAUGGUCUUAGCUGUUUGAUCUCUAGAAGCAUUGAGUACGCAUUGGGUGCAUUCACACCUGUACCUAGAGCAUUCCACUUUUGAUCCAAUCACCCAAGAUGGAUGUUAAUACCAGGUGUUAAUAAGGCCUAAGACUCAUGUUUUUGCAUGCGUGAAUUGCAGUGAUGGUGACUUUUAUCUUGAUGCAUCUGGUUUACUGCCUACAAAUCCUGACUUGCUGGUUUAGUCAGUUUAUGAUGUAACAUUUUCUUAUCCCUUCAUUACUUUUUGGGCUAACUGUGUUUAUUAUAAUAGUGCAUUUCUCAUGUAGCGCAUUUCUCAUGCAGCUUAUAACAGAGUUGUUUUAAAAAAUGCUCAAAAUCCUGUACAAAUAGAAGAAUUAGAUAUCUCUCAAAUUAGCAAUCAAGAAUAGUCAUUAUUUUGGUUUGAAUUUAAAUUAAAACCCAUUUUAACUGCUGUGUGUUAUGAUUUACGUGUUAACCAAAAAUGAAAGGAGGUAUCAGAAAUGUAAUUUGGAUUACAUGAAAUGGUACUCAUGCUACACACUUCCACUCAUAACUUCAGGUAUUAUAGAAAGUUUAGUUACUCCAAAGACUACACAAAGUAUUUGUGAAAGCUGACAAUGUGUAAGAAAGUUAUAGUGUCAGUUCAUGUGUUCACUCCUUUCUUCUCAUAUAACAUCUUCAAGUCUUGCAAGCCUAUUUGUGUCACUCUUCAGGAGGAGAAUGAUGUUUAAAGUUUAUGUUAUAUGCACAGCAAUGGGAUGAGCCUGAGUCUGAAAGAAACUUUAACUAGAACAGCUUUAAUGAUGUAAUAAAUAAAUGGUAACUGCAAAUACAGAAAGUGUAUUAUUAUAUUAUACUUAAUCCAUCAUAUAUAACUGUAUGGUUGUCUUUUUGUUACCAUAAGAGCAUUUUAAGAUGUAUUCAAGAUUCCCUUAUUGUCAUCAUAAAGUGAUAUUUCCCAAAGCUGACUGGCAACAACAGAGAGAUAACUGCAAACACAUGGCUGGUUGUUGUCUGUGGUCUUUAGAAACAGAUUUUUUUAUACACAAGAUAUUGAAUUUAUUUAUUUUUUUUGGAAAUGUAUAAUGCUAUGUGACAAUACUUUAAUGAAAGAAAUAAAAAUGAAAUAGCUAUUUUUAUCAACUAA